AUGUCACCCAUGAGGACAAGGGCAGCCAACAAGCGACAACCAGACAAGAAGAUGCCUCGCAAGAGGGGAGUAAAACGGGAAGACAGUCCACAGCAAGAUCCCAUAAGCCAAGACAGCCUCAUCCCGAACAUCGACGACUUGGCCGUCUUCAUCGACACGUACAAGAAGUUACAAACAGAUGAUCAAAAGGCGAUGGAUGAGGAAAUCGAACUGCUGCGCAAAGAGAAGUCUGACCUAAAAGAGUACAACGAGGAAUUGACUGCACGUGCCAGUUUGCUCGCAAAUGAGAACCCAGUACUGACGAAGCAAGUCAACGAGCUGGAGAAUGAUGCCAAGGCCAGCGAGGAAAGCUUGGAGGAGUACAAGAAGCGAGUCAAAGCUCUAGCAGACGAGUCUUGA